AUGCAUGAGAAAUAUUUGUUCCCGAUUGGCCGACAGCUUGCCACAACAAGAUAGAGGGCGCUCGAAUCCACCUCCACGUGCAACAAACAGCUAGCUAGCUAGACCUAACAGCAUUUGUUGUGCUGAGCUAUGUGCUGUGCUAUAGCAACACUCGUCAUGAGGGAAAAUAAAAACCAAGCAAUUCUGUUGUGAAGCCGAGAGGAUCCGAUAUCAUGGACGAGUCUAACGGUACUGGGAAUGACGGAUUGCGGCUGCCUUGGGCAAAAGUGCGAUCCAUUGCCAAAUUGGACGAAACUCAAUUGACAAUUAGUCAAGAUGCCGUGUUCGUUUUGGCCAGAAGUACCGAGUUGUUUAUCGAAUUCUUAGCCAAGGUAAGCGCCGAGAAGAUGGCCCAAACCAAGCGCCGAAGCCUCGGUAAAGUCGACAUUGACGAGGCCAUCGCCGAACACGACAACCUCAUGUUCCUCGAGGAUCUCAUCGACAUGGACAACCCAGAGAUCCUUUCCGUGCCCAAACCUUAAGAUCCUUUGACGCAUCAGUUCCAAAAACUAACCCCUGUGAUAUCUGACUAUAAAUACUUCUGACUACAUUUCAAUACAUUUAAA